UAAAACGAUAUAUGGUGGAAGGAUCCACUAAUGUCUACGAUCCUCUUUCUGUAGGUGUCCUGCCAGCUAUCAAGAAGGGCACUAAAGUUACCCUCCAGUCCUCCAGCUCCCUCUCCGAUGACAACAAGGAGGCACUAGGUUAGUUAUUAUGUUGUUUUUACAGUCUUUUGCACCCGCACAUUCCCCUUCUUCUUUUCUCUUAUUGUGAGUAAUGGUAUUUUCAUUUUCUCUCCUCUUUUUUUCUUAUUUUUCUAUACAGUGUUUGGAGACAUGUUAUGUGUGAAGAAUUACUUUAAAUCAAAAUGUCAAACUCAUUCUAUAGAAGGCCAGGUUUCUGCAGGGUUUCACUGCACCCUUGAUUGAUGAAUUAAGGUCACUAAUUAGUAAGAAACUCCUCUAACCUGGUUGUCUAGGUCUUAAUUGAAAGGAAAAAACUAAAACCCGCAGACACUUAGCCCUCCAUGGAAUGAGUUUGACAACCCUGUAUUAAAUACAUUUUGAUUUGACUAGGGGCCGUCUGCCAGGUCCUGACCACCAGGGUGGGAGACAACAGUACCUGCAACGACGAUUACAAAGCCAGGCUCAUCAUCCAGAAAGGUACACUUAUAACCUGUUUUACCCAUAUCACCAGUAAUAACUUGUGUAAUAACCAGUGUAUUACCAUUAUAGUAAAUGUACUAGAUACUGCAUAGUGUUAUACAUGGAUGUGGCUUUGAACCAGUUCAGAAUAUGAGUGUGUUUUCUUAGGAUUGGUUUCCGGUGCCAGGGAAAGGUUCCCUGACUCUCCGUGUUCCUCUUCACCCAAGGACAAAGAGGAGGUGGUUGUAAGUGUCAUGACUGUCUCAUACCCUAAACCCUCCACCCAGGCAGCAUGGGCAGCUCCUGCCCAGACUCUGGAAAAAGAGGUGGGGGGGACUGAGGUCUCUGAGAUGAGUGACAGCUCCCUGAUGCCCACCAAGAACAGGCAGGACCCCCUGGAGAGGAUUCCCUCCCUCCUACCAGGCAAGGAGCACAUCCUCCUUUGCAGCACUCCCUGGGCCACCGUCAUGAGCCCCCAGACUCUGAAGUUUAUUCUCCACGGCAUCAUGUGUCGACUGGAGGCCUCAGAGUCCCCCCAGACAAGGAGGGCCAAUGACCCCUUCAGGCUGAUGAAGGAUCUCUUUGUGGAGGUCCAGCAUGCCCUGAAAUAUGCUGACAUCUCUGUCGUCUUUGGCCUGGAGGAGAGCAUCCAAUUCAGUGGUGAGGAUGCGGUGAAGGCCAUCGUGAAGACUGCGGCUAAAAGAUUGUCCCUGCGUUCGGACUCCAACCGGGCUCAACUGCGUGCCGCACGCUCUGGUAGCGAGGGAGCCAUCAGGUGCAUGGCGGACACCAUCACACAGGUCAUAGAGGACUGGAGUUUCGAAGGCCAUUUUGGAGCCAGGAGGAGCCGUGGUAGUGGGAGGUCACACUCCUCAACCUCCUCAAGGAGUGACGUCACCCUCACCGAGGAGCUCCUGGCUUGGAGGGAAACCCUAGACGAGGACCUAGAGGAGAUGGCUGAUGACAGCACUGGUUUGGAAAAGACCAGUGUGAGCUCAGCCAUCUCUGAGAAGUCCCAGGUAAUUAGCUACCUUUCUGAAAGCACCAAGCCCAUCAGCAGCGCCCUCUCCACAGACCUCGAGGACAUCACCUCCACACAGGUGAGACGGCCAAGAACCAGUAGAUCGUUUAGUUAUUUGGGCUGUUUGAUUGUGAGGCAUCGACUCAUAUCUGUUUCUCUCUCUACUAAGAAGAAAGAGAAGGAAGAAGCUAUGCAGAAAGAAGUGAGGAAGUCAGGAAAGAAGAAGCGAGGAAAUAACAAGAACCAGAAGAAGAACAAGGUGUCUCCUCUUGGCAAUGAUAGUACUGUGGCUGCAGAUGAGCCUAAGAAAAAACAGGCUCUCCUCCCGCGGAUCACAGCCGCCCUGGCAAAACUAUUUUGCUUCCCCUGCAAGAAAAAAAAUGCAAACGUAACUGUGCAGAAGACGAGUUUGGGAAAACCCUGCUGCCACCUCCCCAAACCCACUUUCUAAAUAAACUCUCAAAGCCAACAGAAGAGGGAGGGAGACAACCCCCCCUACUCACAACUCAUUUUAUUAUACCCCAUUUAAUUCAAUAAACACAAUUGGCAGCUAUUUUGAUCUUCUUCUUCUUGAGUUUUUGUUUUACAGACCCACCUGCAUGCAAUAGAUUCUUAAGGUCAAUUUGCGGUCUACUGUCUACUACCGUAUCAUUGUUAUGAGUAUGUUCACUGUGCCAGUCAUUAUAGCCAGUAUAGGCUAUAAUAAUGCCCUAACCUAAUUGCAAUUGACAUAAUAAGAGUUACAUUUGAAUAAUUCCCUCAUUUUAUAUUUCUUUUUAGAGGGAAUAAAUAUCUAAAGCACUAUAGAGUGCCGUCCCUAGGAGGGGUGCGUCACUUGAGUGGGUUGAGUCACUGAUGUGAUCUUCCUGUCUGGGUUGGCAUCCCCCCUUGGGUUGGGCCGUGGCGGAGAUCUUUGUGGGCUAUACUCGGCCUUGUCUCAGGAUGGUAAGUUGGUGGUUGAAGAUAUCCCUCUAGUGGUGUGGGGGCUGUGCUUUGGCAAAGUGGGUGGGGUUAUAUCCUUCCUGUUUGGCCCUGUCCGGGGGUAUCAUCGGAUGGGGCCACAGUGUCUCCUGACCCCUCCUGUCUCAGCCUCCAGUAUUUAUGCUGCAGUAGUUUAUGUGUCGGGGGGCUAGGGUCAGUUUGUUAUAUCUGGAGUACUUCUCCUGUCUUAUCCGGUGUCCUGUGUGAAUUUAAGUAUGCUCCCUCUAAUUCUCUCUUUCUUUCUCUCUCUCAAAGGACCUGAGCCCUAGGACCAUGCCUCAGGACUACCUGGCAUGAUCACUCCUUGUUGUUCCCAGUCCACAUGGCCGUGCUGCUGCUCCAGUUUCAACUGUUCUGUCUGUGGCUAUGGAAUCCUGACCUGUUCCCCCGGACGCGCUACCUGUCCCAGACCUAUUAUCAUUUAUGAACAUUUGAACAUCUUGGCCAUGUUCUGUUAUAAUCUC